GCUUCCUUACCUCUUUCCAUUCCUUCUGUGUCUUCAAGCCUGCGCCAUAAGUGGCGCCUGUGAAGAUGAUGGCAGCGCAGCCGGCGGCAGUGAGGCCAGCGCGAAAUUUUGUGAAGCCACUCAUAUUUGCCCAGUCUUUGCUUUUGAUGUCUAUCCCCCUCUUGUAUGUCGAAAUUUUGGUUCUUUGUUGCUGGGUCUGCAAAGGUGCCUCACCAAUACUCCCUCCAGACUUCUCUCGAUUUUUUACUCCUCUUAUCAUCCACGCCGUUGAAUCGUCGGUUCACGGUGGUCAAUUCGUCGGUCGCGGGAGAGAAGGGAUUCCAACGGGAGCGCGAAGAUGCCGACGAGAAAGAUGAAGAGGAAGAAUCGUUCGAAGAAGUGGUGGUCGUCGAGUCGAGAGAGUUAGCUCGCCUGUGGCCUUGUGGUCUCUCGAGCGGCGUUGAUGGAGAAUGCCGCCGGCGGGUCGUUGUCCCAAAGGGAUCGUACUCGCAAUCGCAACAAGGAGAACAGCAAUCGGUUGUAGUCGUCGUCUUCAAUGUCGGCGUUGACGGGUGUGUAGCGGGGGCGCCGGGCGCAGUAGAGUACGGCCAAGCGAUGAGCUCCAGCGCGUUCGCGUCGGUGGUGUCGGUGUCGUCGGUAGUCUCGGUGGCAGUCCAGCCGGGAGUGGAAACGCCGCGGCGGAGGAGGCCCCGCUGUAGACGUUGGCGCCGAGGAAGAAGAGGAGACGACGGGAGCCCCAGCGCUCUUAGUAAUCGUCCUGUCAGAGCCGGGGUUGGCGUGACGUCGUCGCUUCGGGUCAUUACUGAUGUUGAGCGGGUAAUUCAAUCAGGUUAAGAGGGAAGGAAAAAAAGACUCAUAAGAGGCGAGUUCGUGCAACCCUCGAGAUAGAGAGAAGAGUUGCCAAAUAACCAAAAAGGCAUUCAAACGAGCAAAGAGUGUGUGGGAGACAUUGACCUUUUUGUCGAUUGCGCCAUUACGAACUUCCGAAGCGAGCAAGAAGGGUUAAGAGAUAUGAGACGUCGAGUAAGAACCACCCAGGACCCCCAACUACCUUUUUUUUCCGCUGCCCAGGGCAUCCUCAAAUGGGCUUAUUCAUUCCCACUUCUACUGAGCAGCGUCCA